AUGGAUGAAGUCAAGAAGCUGUACUUAGGACGGCAAUACAAACAGUGCACUGCACGAUGCAUCAAUAUUCUCGAUAGCAUCACAGAUCCAUAUCGAGUUCAUCCUCUUUAUUCACUUUUCUUGUCCUUCUAUUGUGCCACUUGCUUAGAGAUAACGGCAUCGAAUCUUCACAACAACUCUCCUCAAAAGCUUUCGUUGCUUCGAGAUUCUUUAUUGUACUUUCAAAAAACAGAAGAAUAUCUCACAUACGCAGAUAUACCCAUGGAAAGCGAUGCACCGAUAUCAGGUAAUCGAUCAUCUUCGAUGUCAUCUACGUCGAGUGCUCGUUCUUCUGUGGAUUCCGUGUUUUCAUCAACAUCAUUUCCUUCUACUGCAGAUGGGCUCUCGCCCGCUUUCUCAUCCUGCUCUUUCGAGGAUGGCAACGACGAAAAAACUCCUACACGCAUACGCACCCUUUCCGUGUCAUCAGUCGCAUCGACACAAUCCACACAAUCGACAGACACCACUAUUAUCGCGGAUAGACCCGCACCACUGCGUAUAAAAAAGAAGGUUUCUUUUUCUCCAGCAUUACCCACAUUGAUAUCAGCACAGGAUCUUGAGAAUUCAAGCAGUAUGGAAACUAUUCCCCGCUCUAUUCAAUCCCAAAAUACACUUCCUCGACCUAUAAUCUCCUCCAAAUGUCAAUCACCAUCGCCGAUUCAUCCCUCUCUCAGCAUACAUCUCACUAGCUAUAAUCUCAAUCUCUCAUCUAUAACCACGCAACUUACCUAUCAUAUAAUACACAUCAACAGCCUCAUCGAUACCAUACAAAGUGUACGUAAAUCUCGACGCAGCAAUCAAGCUUCAUUAUCCCCUUCUCUAUUUAAUUCCACUGGUGAUCUCAGUAAGGAGGAUAAAGAGGAGAUGAGACGAAAGGAAAUUCGAGAAAGGAUCGAGAAAUUGAGAAGUGCCGGCUGGGAAAGGAAAAGAUGGAAUGGGAGUAGAUCUGAGGCGUUGAGAGAGAAAGUUGAUAAUGAGCUGAACGGAUGGAUAUGA